ACACUUGACACUGACAGUAUAAUAAUAUAAAAAUAAACAGUAGAUUUCUAUUUGUAUUUCUAAUUGAUUUAAUAAUAAAUUCAUUGAGAAUAUAGAAUAUAUUUAACGAUAAGUAAUUAAAACACUUCAAGAUGUCGUAUAUGUUAGCUCAUUUACACAACGGCUGGCAAGUGGACCAAGCCAUACUCUCAGAGGAAGACAGAGUGGUAGUGAUCAGAUUCGGGCACGAUUGGGACCCUUCUUGCAUGAAAAUGGAUGAAGUGUUGUACAGUAUCGCAGAAAAAGUGAAAAACUUUGCAGUGAUUUACUUGGUAGACAUCACAGAAGUGCCGGACUUUAAUAAAAUGUACGAAUUGUAUGAUCCAUGUACAGUGAUGUUCUUCUUUAGAAACAAGCACAUUAUGAUAGAUUUGGGAACUGGUAACAAUAAUAAGAUUAAUUGGCCGCUUGAGGAUAAACAGGAGAUGAUAGAUAUAGUGGAGACAGUGUAUAGGGGGGCUAGGAAAGGCAGGGGUUUGGUAGUGUCACCCAAAGAUUAUUCGACUAAAUAUAGAUAUUAAUUUACUUUUGUAUAAGCUAGGUAUAUGGUGUAUUCGUAUUCCACAAAUAUACGACUCUUUUGGGUUAUCGCGACAACGAAUAUUUUAGUGUGCAACAUAAGAAGUACGAAAGUAUUUUGAUCUAAUAAUUACUACAAUAAAGAACAAUAUAAUUUGCAAUUUACUUUCGUUCUUCAUAUUUUGCACAGUAAAAUAUUCGUUGUCAGGAUAAUCCAAGAGGAUCUUAUAUUCGUGGAAUGGGGUAUACCUUCUAUUUAUGUUAUGUGAUCUUAAUAAAUGUUUUUUUAUGAAA